CGAGCAGUUUAUUGUCAGGAAUGUGUAGUAGCACUCAAACUAAUUUGCCGCACUGACUGCGCCGCACUCCCCGCAGGGCAUCAUCCUCUUGUUGUUUUUUUUGGUGGCGGGGUGACUGCGCGCACUGGAUUAUCUCUCCCGGUCGUUUUGACACAGCUUUCUGGUGGCUCUCCACGCGACUUGUAUCAUGACAGUGCUCACUUGAAGGAAGCCCGUCGUUGUUGCGUGUCACACAUUUGGUGGAUGAAGACUGUUUCGAAUCAAUUCAGCGCGACUUCAAUGCCAGAUUCAGCGAAGAUGAGCAAGAACGGAAUGCUGACACAGAUCCACACGAGGAUACGAGCGGACCCGUUCACAGCCGCGUACGAGCUGGUCGGCAGAGAGCUGGGCAGGGGAAAGUUUGCGGUGGUGAAGAAGUGCAUUGAGAAGGCAACGGGGAAGCAGUGCGCUGCGAAGUUCCUCCGAAAGCGGCGGAAGGGCGAGGACUGCCGCAUGGACAUCUUAAACGAGAUCGCCAUGCUGGAGUCGGCCAUGGCUAACCCCUAUGUGGUGGCGCUGCACGAGGUCUACGAAACCAACGCCGAAAUCAUCCUCGUUCUGGAGUGCGCCGCCGGCGGCGAAAUCUUCAACCAAUGUGUUGCCGACAACGACGAAGCCUUCACGGAGAAUGAUGUGAUCCGGCUGGCCAAGCAGAUCCUGACGGGAGUGGCCUUCCUGCAUCGGAACAAUGUGGUGCAUCUGGAUCUGAAACCCCAGAACAUUUUGCUGACCAGCGCCAGGCCUCUGGGGGACAUUCGCAUUGUGGACUUUGGCUUGUCCAGACGCAUGGACAACAUCACAGAGGUCAGGGAGAUCCUGGGCACCCCCGAGUAUGUUGCACCAGAGAUCCUGAACUAUGAACCCAUUAGCACUGCGACAGACAUGUGGAGUAUCGGGGUCCUGACCUACGUCAUGCUGACGGGCGAGUCGCCCUUCCUGGGUAACGCCAAGCAGGAGACCUUCCUCAACAUCUCCCAAGUCAACGUCGACUACUCGCAGGACACGUUCGAGGGGAUCUCCUCCCUGGCUGUUGACUUCAUCAGUGCCUUGUUGGUUAAAAACCCCAGGAAGAGAGCCACGGCGGAAGAAUGCCUCGACCACCCCUGGCUGAACUCGCUCGCCCAUCCCCACUCCCACCCGCACCUCCACACCAGGUCGGCCUCCUCCGUGGACGAGCCGGAGACGAGCCAGUCGGAGUCUGAGCCUGAGAGCCCGGCUCCCUGCCCCGAGCUGGACCUGAUCGGGUCCUACCUGGCGUGCCCGGGCCAAGGUGGGCUGAAGACGGGUCGCAACGCCUUCUCCUUCAGCGAGCCCCCCUUCCCCACGCGGCCGGAGAUAAAGCAGGAGCUGAUCUGCUGAACGCCAUUUCGCAGGUGGAGAGAGAGAACGAGACCUUCGCCCUGAAACCCGGUGGGGGGUGGGGGGGGGCUGCUGCAGCUUCUUGGUCCCGCUCUGACUCGGGGCCACGCUAUACGGAUGCUGUACGCCUGUUAGCGGCUGCUUCUACUGCUGUGAGCUGGGCUCUGUGUGUAGUCUAAUACCUCUGCAUGUGUUUGAAUCAUUCUCGCACUCUCCGUGCUGGUUUAUGAUUGUACAGCAUGAAAUGUGAGAGGAAUAAAGAUGCGGGGGGGGGGGAGGGAGGGGGAGGGAAAAGACGCAAAGGAUUUUGUAGCGGGAUUGCACUGCUGCCCUUAAACAGUGACGGGGCUUUGCUUAACACUGUGGCUAGUUCACCCCACUGCACGCACACUGGUUUCUCUUUUUACCCAAUUAGCCUCUUGAACUGGGUUCCAGCGAGGAGGCGGCCUUGGGAAAUGACUUCACUCACUGUGUGCUCUCAUCAAAACACGUUAUGCUUCGACUGACCCAGACAUACCUUCUGGGAUGAGUUUUGUUGAAGGAUUUAAAGGGUUUUAACACAUGGUUGUAGUUAACUAAAGAAUUAAAGCAAAGGACUGCUCCACUGUUUUAUGUUUAUUUAUGCAUGUUUGUCAUGUCACUUCACCCCCUUUAAAAAGACACAAAGCCACAUCAAUGCCUGAGUUUGGAAAUAGUAGCAUUCUUUUUUUUUUUAAGGACAAUCUGAAGCACUUUUUAUUUUGUUAUUGGACAUGUUAUAGUAAGAAACCAAAGGCUGUCAGCUCUCACACAAUGCACUGUACAUAUUAACUAUUUCCCACAAUCCACUGUGUUUGUCACAUCUUCAUUCACAAAGUGCCACUUCUUUUUUAUUUUUUAUUUCAACCUCACUUCUGUGUUAAUAUUACAGUUUUGCAUUGUUUUGUUGGCCAUUUCACAAGUUGCACAAGUUGUUUUUAUUUUUGUUGUACUUAACUGCGAGGUUGCCACAAUAUUUCAGGCUCUUCAAAUGUUGCGAAAACAUCAGUCUUGGAAAGAGGGGAUGCCGAGGGGUUGAAAUUGUGAUUGUGGUCAACUGAAGAUUUGUAUAAAUAUUUGAUGUUUGCCUUCAAAUGCUCGAGAGCAGAGAAAUUGGUAGGAAUUUCUCAAAAGUACUGAAAUGUAUAUUGUGAGUUAGUAUUAAGAUUAAUCUGUAAAAUAAUUUUUUUUUUUUCUUUACAUAUGAAUGUUAACAUCAUUAUAUCAUUUCUCAUUUUGUACGUAAACUUUUACUUAUUCCUGUUGUUUUCAGGCAGGUUUGCACUUGUCCUUGUGGACGCUUUGUCAAAAUGAAUAAAUGUACAUGUGAAUAAAAAUACAGAUGCAUUUUGUAUCGAACUCUGA